AUGUCCACCGUCAGCCUCUCACAAAUCCCCAGCGUCUUCCUCAAUCCCGAUCCAGAUACCGGUAUCGAUAUCCAUGCGAUCGACCUCGCAGGGGAGCAUCCAGAAUCCUUUUCAAUUUAUGGCCCUGAAGACGGAUCUAUGCUUGCUAUCGCCUGGGACUCGUUGUACGGUUACGAUGGCACAGAAACCGUCGACCCGAACGCUGACAACAGCAAGAUGACGGGCCCGAACGGCGAGAAUGACGAUGACGGCGAUGACGGAUCUGUCUUCCUCAUGAGCCUGAAUUUUCAACCCUCAGAGGGAGGUCGAGAUGGGUACGAAGAAAUCAGAAGUAGCUCUGAUCUUCCAACGGCAGAUCAGAUCUGCGCUAUCGACAAGGUCAAGACCUUCACUACCGGCCCUUUAAGUGACCAACUCGCCUGUGCGCGUGUCGCGUUACAAGCGCGAGAGGCUCUCUUACAGAGGAUCCGGGAGCUGCUAGAGGUUUCAGAUGCGGCUGAAGGCAGACGAUGCUUCUUCAACAAGGAGAAAGACGGAGUUGGCAAUCUGGUUGCAGACCACGUCCUCGAGGUUCAUUGGAAUCACCCGGAACGUUUCAGCAUACAGGUCGAUGUCGUUCAUCGCUUGAUACAUGCGAUUUGUCGAGCGGAAAUCGAGAAUGUCAGACAGCUCAAUGUGUCCCAGCUGUUGGACUAUACUCAAUCGACGUUCGAAAGCGGUGAUGCGUCUGGCUGA